AUGUGGCCUGUUGCUUGGUCGCAAAAAAUCUACCCAGCAAACAACUUAGCUACUGAGAAGCAAAGCCGAUGGAGCUGCUUGGGGGCAGGCAGAACCCGAAAGGGGACUAGCCGCGCCAGGCGGUGGGCGGAUGCGACAGAGGCUUCUGACAAGCAAGUCAUGGGCACGGCUGCUGAUGUUGCUCGGACGGCCGAACUUACCCAACCAAACGGACGGCAAGCCGACGCCGUCCAACACCCGCCACUCGGCGAAUUAGCCUCCGAGCUUGACCUCUUUAGCACUCAUCCCCGCGCCCCGGCUUUUUUUAUUACCGCCAUGACCCGGCCCACGUCCGGCUCCGUGUCCUCGGACACGGUCCAUGAGGAGCCGCCGUACGCUGUCAUUGAGGACGUUGAGAGCAACGCUACCGCCACAGUCUCCGAAAAGGCUGCCCACAAGGACCACGACGUCGAGCGCGCGCCGCCGGCGCCAUCACCAGCCCCGGGCACCUCUCCGUCCGACUUUCCCGACGGCGGCCGCGAGGCCUGGCUCGUCGUCUUCGGCGGCUGGUGCGCCCUCUUCUGCACCUUUGGCCUCGUCAACUGUGUCGGCGUCUUCCAGCAGUACUAUGUCACCCAUACCCUCUCCCAGUACAGCGCCUCCACCGUCAGCUGGAUCACGUCGACGCAAGUCUUCAUGAUGAACUUUCUCGGCAUCGGCAUCGGCCGCCUCUACGACAACUACGGUCCCCGAUGGAUCCUGUUGGGCGGCACCAUCGUGUACGUCUUUGGUCUCAUGAUGACGUCGCUCGCCACGGAAUACUACCAGAUUUUCCUCGCCCAGGCAAUUGUCGCCGCCAUGGGCUCGAGCGCCAUCUUCCACGCCUCCAUGGCGAGCAUCGUCAGCUGGUUCCUCAAGAACCGCGCCGCCGCGUACGGCAUCAUGGUCUCGGGGUCGUCGCUCGCCGGCGUCGUGCUGCCCAUCAUGAUGGACCACCUCAUCCAGCGCAUCGGCUUCCCCAGCACCAUUCGCGUCAUUGCGUUUUUAUUCCUCGGCCUGCUUAUCAUUGCCAACCUCACCAUCAAGUCGCGUCUGCCGCCCAACCCGCGCCCAUUUGUCCUACAAGAAUACGUCGAUACCUUCAAGGACGUUAAAAUGGUCCUGACCAUUGUCGGCUCCUUCUUCUUCAUGUGGGGCAUGUUCUUGCCCUUCAACUACAUUCUGCUCCAGGCCCAGGCCGCCGGCAUGACGCAGACGCUGGUCCCGUACCUGCUGCCUAUCCUCAACGCCAUUAGCAUCUUUGGCCGCGUUCUCCCCGGUCUCGCGGCCGACAGGUUUGGCCGCUUCAACGUCGUGCUAGGCAUCGUCCUCGCGUCGGCCAUUUCCGUCCUCGCCAUUUGGAUCCCCGUCACCUCCACGGCGGGCAUCAUUGCUUUUGCCGCCCUCUUUGGCUUCUCCUCAGGCGGUUUCAUCUCCCUCGCCCCCACGCUGAUUGCCCAAGUCUCGGAUAUUCGCUUCAUUGGCACACGCGUCGGCACUGCAUUUGCCGUCAUGGCCUUUGGUGCUCUGACUGGCAGCCCUAUUGGCGGCGCCAUUGUGUCGCGCCAGCAUGGCGACUAUAUUGGCCUGCAGGUGUUUUGCGGCGUCGCUAUGGUUGCUGGCUUCUUUUUCUUGGUGGCGGCUCGCUACGCCCAAGUUGGUUUCAAGAUAACCAAGGUUUAA